AAGAAGUGUCUUGCUGAACACGUCUGGAGGACUUGGUGUCGAAGAAGGGCGCUCCGAGACCGGAGGCACCUUGAAGCCCUCUGGGAGCUCCUGCCUGUGUCUAAAAGCGAAAUCUUAAAUACGCUAAAAGCUACUGUCUCUCCUCGGUUUCCGACUUUCCUCCCAUUCUCUUGGAGCAAUUAAGAAAAACACUAGGGUAACUACUUCCUGCUUGUCCUUUUCCUUCUUACCGGCCUGGGUGGGGUCUGGAAUGGACGACGUAAAUCCGUUCGGUAGGGAGAGAUACGAAGUGGUGGCAGCGGCGAGCAGCAGCAGAUUUCUCCUUGCUGCUGGGGUCUGAGCGUACCAGCUAGGUGUUCUCGGCACUGUGUGUCUUGAGGCCAUGCAAUAUGACUACAAAGUGACUGAGAAAGUACUUGCUGUAAAACUGUUGAGCGUUUGCAUGUCUUUACAGCGUAUUAGCAGCUGGUAGAGGUGUAAUGUUAAAAGUGUAUGAACAUGGAAUUUACAGUUAAACACACAUGGGAUGGUUUACCUGUGAGCCAUGAGCUGGCAACAAUUUGGCUGAAGUCAAACAACGUGGGACUGCUAAUGGAAGUUAGUGCUCCCUUCUUUAAUGACCCUCCAGGGCCACUUGGAGAGCCGGGGAAACCUUUCAGUAGACUGUGGGACUAUGAGGUUGUAGAAGCAUUUUUCCUGAAUGACAGAACUGAACAAUAUUUAGAAGUUGAAGUUUGUCCCCAUGGACAGCACUUGUUGCUGCUGCUUUCUGGCAGAAGAGAAGUAUGGAAAGUAAGUGAACUUUCUUUAGAGUUUGAGGUGACCAGAAUGAAAACCAAAUGGGAGGGUAAAGUUCAUCUUCCUUGGAAUUAUUUUCCACCAUGCAUUAACAAGUUCAAUGCAUUUGCAAUUCAUGGCUCAGGAGAAGAAAGAAAAUACGAAGCGCUUUAUUCAGUACCUCAACAUGAACUACAGGAAGGACAGAAACCAGAUUUUCAUCGCCUGGAAUUUUUUGAAGAUUUGAACUUGAAAGGACUAAUGGGAAAAGAUUGGAAGCAGCCUGAAUCAGAUAUUUGGAAAUCUCUCAAUAAUUAAAUGGAUCAAGGCAUAAAUUUUCAUAGCAUUAAGGUUGGAUGAAGCUGUAUGGAAGCAGCUUCAUUCUGGGCAGAGUCUGUAAAUAUCAGAUUCCCAAGGCAUUUCUUGACAUCAAAAUCAUUGAUCAGUCUUAAAAUCAACUGCAAAGUAUCUGAAUGUACAUACUAUGCAAUAGCUGUGCUUCAGUUCAUCUAGGUAUGGAGUUUUUCAUACGUGGUGAAUCUGCUCCUACCAAUGAAGGGGAGAAGUGCUAAAAUGAAGUGCUAAAAUUACAGCUGUGGUUUUGUGAGAGCUCUAGCCUGAGAAGGCCAAUAUCUGGCUUGGAGUCCUUCAGUUUCUUCGAGUUAGUCCAUUUCUGCUGCAUUUUCUUGUUUGUCAUUCUGUUGAAUGAAUCUUACGUGCCUAAAUUUUUUUUUUUUUUUUUUAUUGCAAUUGGGAGAAAGAAUACCUCUUCUGGGAACAGAAAAGAAUAUUGCUAUCAUGGCAUUUGUGGCCCAGUACUUGCAUUGUAAAGUGCUGUGGAGGUAUUGCACUACCCUCUCUUAAACCUUCCUAUGCAAGUUUUUCCUUGCAUGGUAUUGAAGGGGAACUUAAUCUGUGUUAGUUUACUAUCAGACUUCUCUCCUUCAAAUUCAAUGUGGAAUUUCUAGUGAUAUUUAGGUAUGGACAGUAGAUCUACAAAAGAUUUUAUGUAUUCCAGGAAAAAUUUCUGGGACAAAUAAUGUUUAGUAUAACCUCUCGAUGUACCUACAAAAGCUCAUAUGUUCCAAGACCUUGUCACGUCACCUUAAGGAUUCAGCUCAGACAUAGGAGAAUUUUGUAUGCAUACUAACUGAUGUUAGAAAUACUCUAAUUUUAAAUACUUACAUUUUCUAUGUGCAGGCAUGAAUAUUUUUAACAGUCGUGAAUACUGUUAGAUGGCAACAUCUAAUUGUAAGUUGUCACAAUUUACAAGUGAUAUGUCAUUUUUUUGUCUAGCAUAGUACAUGAUCCUUGACUGUGGCUGCUAACUUGAUCCUAUAUAAAUUAAGUAAGGAACUGGGAAGCUUGCCCACUAGCUAGAUCUUACUUCUG